UGCGUCAAAAAUCUCAAAAGUCAACAAAAGUUGCAUCAUGUCGAUGUGCAGUCGCGUUUUUCGUCGGUGGAAUCAUUUUGUAACUUUAAAAAAGUAUGAAAAUGUCCAGGUGGCCAAAGGAAACCCUCAAAACCUGGUGCAGCGUGUUUCACCGGCGCUAGGAGGAAAAGUGUUCGUAGCCUGGCAUCCAGAGCCAACCUUUCCCUAUGAAUAUUCAAAACCGAUCGAAAUAACUCCGGUCAAAUCAAGUCCGUCGUUAGUGCGUGAUGACUUGGUCCAGUGCGGAGUUAGUCAACUGAGAGGCAAACACCCAGAAAUGGUACGUGAAGAGCUUUCCAAGAUCACCUUUACUACCAAACAUCGGUGGUUCCCGCGAGCCCGUGAUAAGAAAGCUAAAAAGACCCCAAUGGAUCGGCAGUAUCUUUAAUGGAAAUAUUCCGGCAUUAUUAUAUUAAAGACAAUUAAAGCACACAAAUGUA